AUGCCGCACCACUAUUCAACCGAAAUGUGGGAGCGCACGCACAAGGGCACGGUGAAGGGUCCAGUAAGAGGGAGCAAUUGGAGCGACAUACCUCGACGAAUCGUGGAGGAGGAGGUGCAGCGCGAGGUGUACCGCGAGGUGGCGGCGGACGCUGGGGGUGGGCGACAGUACGCGUCCGCCUUGCGUGAGGCAAUCAAGACGAAGAAACCGGUGCUCACGAAGAAGUGGCGGACAAUGCGGAUUGGCGGAGCGUCGGAUCCAGUGUACGAUGAGUACAUAACCGCGCUGGGAGACGAUAUGAAGGGUUUGGCUGAUGAGUUUAAGGCGUUGGGCCUGGCUACCAACAGCGUGCAGGUGAAGUGA